GGUACGGUUCGCCAAUUUAUUGACUCCGAGGAAAAAAACUUGCAACUAUUCGAAGAUUUUUCAAGGUCUUGACGCUCAUACUAUUACUAUCAAAACAUGGCUUCUUCUAGCAAAAGUAAAGUUCCCAAAGUUGCGAAGGUCAAAAACAAAAUGCCAGCAGAGGUGCAGAUUACUGCGGAACAGAUCCUCAGGGAGGCCAAGGAAAGAGAACUGGAGUUGGUUCCUCCUCCUCCAAAGCAAAAGAUCACAGACCCAGAUGAACUGCAAGAAUACAGACUGAGAAAGAGGAAAGAAUUUGAGGAUAACAUCCGCAAAAACCGUUCCAUGGUCGGAAACUGGAUCAAAUAUGCCAAGUGGGAAGAGAGUCAGAAUGAAAUUGCUCGAGCAAGAUCAAUUUGGGAAAGAGCUUUGGAUGUGGAGCACAGAAAUGUCACAAUCUGGUUGAAAUAUGCAGAGAUGGAAAUGAAACACAAACAGAUCAACCAUUCUCGUAACAUCUGGGAUCGAGCCAUCACGAUCCUACCUCGCGUCAAUCAGUUCUGGUAUAAGUACACCUACAUGGAGGAGCUUGUGGGUAAUGUGGGCGGAGCUAGACAGGUGUUUGAACGAUGGAUGCAGUGGGAACCCGAAGAACAAGCCUGGUUCUCGUACAUCAAGAUGGAGCUGAGAUACAAGGAGACGGAACGUGCGAGAGCGAUUUAUGAAAGAUUUGUCUAUGUCCAUCCCGAGGUGAAGAACUGGAUCAAAUUUGCUGGAUUUGAAGAAUCCCACAACUACAUCAGCCUGGCUAGGGGUGUCUAUGAGAGGGCUGUAGCGUUCUAUGAAGAUCACAUGGACGAGAAACUCUACAUAGCAUUUGCAAAGUUUGAAGAGAGACAGAAAGAACAUGAAAGAGCGAAGGUGAUCUACAAGUAUGCACUGGACAACAUGGAUAAGGAGCAUGCCCAAGAACUCUUUAAGAACUACACCAUCCAUGAGAAGAGAUACGGAGACAGGGCUGGUAUAGAGGACGUCAUUAUCAGCAAGAGAAGGUUUCAAUAUGAAGAAGAGGUGAAAACCAACCCUCACAACUACGAUGCAUGGUUUGACUACUUGCGUCUGAUGGAGACUGACGGUGACAUUGAGACAGUGAGAGAUCUGUAUGAGAGAGCUAUCGCUAACAUUCCACCUGCUCAGGAGAAGAGAUUAUGGAGGAGAUAUAUCUAUCUCUGGAUCAACUACGCCCUCUACGAAGAAUUAGAAGUCAGGGAUUUGGAAAAGACGCGUGAAGUUUACAAGGCGUGCCUGGACCUGAUCCCUCAUAAGAAGUUUACAUUCGCCAAGAUGUGGGUGCUGAUGGCUCAGUAUGAAGUCAGACAGAAAGAACUUCAGAAAGCAAGGAGAGUCAUGGGUACAGCAAUUGGAAAGUGCCCAAAAGACAAGUUGUUCAAGUCAUACAUUGAGAUGGAGCUUCAGCUUAGAGAGUUUGAUCGGUGUAGGGUUCUAUAUGAGAAGUUCUUGGAAUUCAACCCUGCCAACUGCACUACAUGGAUGAAGUAUGCAGAGUUGGAGACUAUUCUUGGAGAUAUCGAGAGGUCAAGAGCCAUCUAUGAACUUGCCAUUUGUCAACCUAGACUUGACAUGCCAGAGGUUUUGUGGAAGUCUUUCAUUGACUUCGAAGUGGAGCAAGAAGAGUGGGAUAACGCAAGGAGUCUGUACAGAAGACUACUAGAAAGGACACAACAUGUCAAGGUCUGGAUAAGCUUUGCUAAGUGUGAGCUGUCUGUCGGAUCGGGUGAUUGUGUGUUGAGAUCAAGGCAGAUCUAUGAGGAAGCAAACAAGGCAUUGAAACAUGUAGAGGAGAAAGAGGAGAGGCUGAUGUUACUGGAGGCUUGGCAGGAAUUUGAGAAUGAAUUUGGAGAUGAUGAGAGUGUAGCCAAGGUUCAAGAACAGAUGCCAAACAAGGUCAAGAAGAGGAGAAAGAUCCAGACAGAAGAUGGGUCGGAUGCAGGAUGGGAGGAGUACUACGACUACAUCUUCCCCUCAGACGAAACAAACCAAUCCAACCUCAAGCUGCUCGCUAUGGCUAAGAUGUGGAAACAGAAGAUGGCUGAAACCAAUGACAACUCAUGAGAAACCCAUGUUGAUAACCAAUGACCCUCAAGGUCAAUCAGAAAGUCGCUCUCUCAAGGUUGCUUACAAGGUCAUUCAGAAAGUCGCUUAGAUACCUAUGCAGGAGUACCUGUGCAACAUGAAAAUACAGG